AUGUGGAAGUUUGUCUCCUGCCUGGACAAAUAUGUGAAGAAAGAGUAUAAGGCAUCAUUAUUGAUUUCUAAUAUGGAUAUUUCCAGGUUGAUGGUGUAUGAUGAACAAGUUGAGGAUGAUAAGAAGAAAGAUAGAGAAGGGCAUUUGAGCAUAAAAGCCAAAUCAGUUAGGCAUGAGAAUGAGCAGGGACAAGGUAAGGGCAACAGGUCCUUCUUUCAGAAGAGGUCUUCCAACUAUGCUCUAUUGGCAGGGAGUGUAGCUCAGGGUUCAAAAGGGAAGCCACCUUAUAGCAAAUGUGGUAAACUCCAUUUGAGAGAGUGUAGAGAGAGCGCCAAUGGGUGUUACAAAUGUGGUAAGGUAGGCUAUUUUCAUAGAAAGGGUCCAAUGUGGGGCGAUAGAGCCCAAUCUUCUUCUGCGGCACCAUCGGUUAGAGGUAAUCAGAGAGCUGCUAUUUCAGGUACUGGUGGAGCAUCAAACCGUCUAUAUGCUAUGGCUAAUCACUAG